GUCUCUGCCAUGCCCGCUGCCAGUCGUUGGUCCUUCUGGCUCUGCCAGUUCGUCCUCGUACCCUUCGUUCACUCUGUCACCAUCGCAGAUAUUCAGGGACCCGCGUUCCGCUCGCCCCUUGAAGGCCAGUCUGUGAAGAGCGUGACAGGCGUCGUAACAGCAAAGAGCUCUUCCGGUUUCUACAUCCAAAGCGAUCCCGUUCAAGAUGCAGCCGUCUCCACUGGCCUCUUCGUAUUCUCAGAGUCCAGUCAAGUUCUCGACGCAGUCGUUGUCGGCGACGAGAUCUCGCUGUCGGGCACGGUCUCAGACUUCCGCUCGAGCUCAGAUCCGACCUUCCUCGAAUCCACCGAACUCGAGUCGCCGACCGCCAUCACCGUGCUUUCAACCAAAAAUGUCGUGACGCCGCUUGUGCUCGGUACUGACCGCAGCCCGCCGACGCAGGAUCUCUCCGCCCUGGAUGUGGGCCCCGACGGCUUCUUGAGCGUACCGAACAACCAGAGCCUCGUCGACGUCGUCAAUGCCACGGUGCAGCCGACCAGCUUCGGCAUUGACUUUUGGUCAAGCCUAGAAGGACAGCUUGUAACUGUACCCAAGCCCAUCUCUAUCGGAUUCGAGAACAGUUUCGGCGAGUUUUGGGUACGCGGUGACUGGGACGCCACCAACGUUAACUCCCGUGGUGGGCUCACGCUGGCCUUUGGUCCCAACGGGACUCCAGAUGGCGGCCCCGAGUCCGUCAUCAUUGGCUCGCCCCUCGACGGCAGUGUUAAUCCCAAUAUGAGCGUCGGCAAGACUCUGAGCGACAUCAGCGGUGUUAUCCAGUACCAAUUUGGCUUUUAUUACAUCCUUCCUCUCACGGCUCCCACCGUCCUGUCGAUCCCAGAUCCCACGGUCCCUGUCACGAAUCUGACGUCCAUUGCAGAUGGUUGCACGAUUACGAUAGGCGACUACAACGUCGACAACAUGGGACCAGAUUCACCGCACCUGCCUGCGGCGGCGAACGAUAUCGCGACACAUCUCCAAACGCCAGAUAUCAUGUUCAUGCAGGAGAUCCAGGAUAACUCGGGCGAGACGGACGACGGUACAGUCGACGCGAAUGUGACGCUUAGCACUCUCAGUGCCGCCAUCGCUUCUCAGAGCAACGUCAAGUACAACUUCACGGAAGUGAUUCCCGUCAAUGACCAAGACGGAGGAGAGCCUGGGGGCAACAUCCGUCCAGCCUAUCUGUUCAAUCCAAAGACGGUCAGCCUGGUGCCGGGCCUGCCUGUUGGAGGGCCUCUGGAUGCUGUGGAACCUGUGAUUGGGUCAGAUGGGCAGCUAACGUUAAACUUCAACCCUGGGCGCAUCGAUCCGACAAACGCAGCGUGGGACUCGAGCCGCAAGCCGAUCGUGGCAGUAUGGGAAACGACGUCCGGCAGGCGUUUCUUCACGAUUAACUUGCACAAUGCCGCCAAGGUAGAUGGGGGCUCGUCUAUCCAGGGUGACCCACGUCCGCCGCUGAAUGGUGCCGUUGCUCAACGCACCGCGCAGGUACAAGUCAUCGCCAGCCUCGUCAGCGAGCUGCUCUCCAUGAACUCGAGCGCGAGCGUCGUCGUCGGAGGCGACUUUAACGAGUUCGUCCAGACACGCACCGUCUUCGCCCCGUUCAACAACAUACUCUCCGAGGUCGACGAACUGGCGGACCUCGACCCCGUCGAGCGCUACACGUAUGUGUUCGAUAACCUGCAGGAGCAGCUCGAUCACGUGUUCGUGUCGUCGGCCGUCGCGUCGCGCAAGGUCGAGGUCGAGCACGUCCACGUGAACAGCUGGGCACCAGAUGUAAACACGAGGACGAGCGAUCACGACCCGAGCGUGGCACGCUUGAGAGUGUGCUAGUAGUAACAUUUUACUGUUGAGGAGUGAUGUAUCCUGAAGUACAAC